AUGGCCAAGUCCGUCUGCUUGGGUGAUGUUGUGAGCAUCUAUUCUGAGGAGAGGCAAGGUUAUGCCUUUGCCGUCGAAUCAAGCGUGUUUUUAUCGGAUAUGCUUAUUAUAUUUCUAUUUGUUACUAGUUCGGCUUAUGCCGGGGUUUGUAUAGGGUCCAACCAGGAUCGGCUAAAUCCUCAGCUGCCCAAUUCGCAAGUUGCUCAAUUUGUGAUAUGCACCCAAAAUCGGUACAAAAAUAACAAGAAAUAUCGGAAAGCUGUAGAAGCUAGCAGUCGUAAUCCCGGUGAUCUGUCGGCGAGGUUCCAGGUUUCAACGCUUAAGAUGAGUGCUGUGUAUAAAAAUACACCACCAUCGAAAUUAGCCGACGCUGAGGCAAUGGAUAAUAGCCAGGAGCAAAAGCGACAGACUGGCAGGCAACUAACCUAUGGGCAAGUUGUUCAGCUGAAACAUGUAUUCACUAAUAAGUACAUUAGUGCUAGCUCAACACAUACUUCUCAAACCGAAACAAGCAACAUGUUGGUUCAACUAUCUGAAUAUGAGGCUAAGCAUUGUCAAUUUCGAGUGAUGCCAAGAUAUAAAGUCAAAUCUGAAGGCGAUAUUAUCCAUGAAGGUGACCAAAUUGUCCUUGAAAGUGUUAAAUCUGCAGGUCAGUAUUUGCACUGCAGCCAAAGGCGCUUUGGAAGUUUAGGGGCCCAAGAGGACAGCUACGAAAUGAACUUAUCAGUCCGAUUGUCUGGUUUUACAAUCUAUUCUAACCAAAAACCAGAGGCCAAGGGAGAGGAAUUUCUGAAGGGAGUUUCCGUUGUUCGUUUAUUCCAUAGAGAGUUGGAAGCUUAUGUUACAGCUGAAGGAUUGUUCGAUGAUCGAGUAACAGAGACAGUUCAUCUACGAGUUCGGCCUGUGGACCCUAGCAGACCAAAGUCUCUUAAUCCUACAUCAUCUGCUAUAACUUAUUGGCAAAUUGAAUUACUGGAUGAGCCUAUGAAAGGAAGCAUAAUAAAUUGGGGCGAUCAGUGUCGUCUUAGACAUAUGGUAACGAGGAAAUAUCUAAUUGUUCAGCCAGUGGAACAAUCUUACGUAGAAAAUGCAGAGAUUACCUACGAAAGCUAUUGCAGAAUUGAACAUUCGCUAACUGGGCAAUGGUUGCACGCUUUGCAAGGGACAUAUUAUAGGAAGUCAGGUGCAAGACCCGGAACUGCCGAGAGUAGAACAUUAAAGGGUUUAGCUUAUGAUGGAGGCCAACUAAAGAAGAUGACUGUGGUAGGAGAACGCAUGUAUGACGACGCUUAUACAAUUCAAAAAGUGGAAGAUGAAUUUCUAGCAGAUUUUAAUUAUAUGGCCGGAAUGGUUGCCAGUGUUCAGAAAUUUAUACGUAACCGUGGCAAUAAUGUCCAGUUAAGGCAUUCAUCAACAUCAAAAUUUGUUUCGACUUUAAAAGAAAUUAGUGACUUCAUGAUCGUUAACGGUGAACCAUGUAAGCAUCGCCAGAAGCUAAUGAGAAAUUUAAAGAUCAUUGAAUUAAUUGUGCAAAUUUUGGAACCAUCGGAUAAUGAUAAAUUUAUUCAAUCAAUCUAUUGUGAAUGCUAUAAACUGUUGAAUACCUAUGUUAUGGGAGAUAGCAGGAAAAAUGAACUUUACAUUGCUAGACAUAUUGAUUUCUUUCAAACAAGAAUCGGAUUAAACAAUAAAAUUGCUUUAACUGCUGCCGAGAUGACAACUGAACUUAUUCGAGAUAACAGGAAAAUUAUUGAUCGCAUUGGUCAUAAAUAUAUCGAUCAAUUUAUUGCUUUACUAACCAGCAAUAAGUACUAUCAAUAUCUGGAUUUAUUGAAUGUUCUCUGUGUUUGUAAUGGUCGAGCAAUACCUAACAAUCAAACUUACAUCACUGAAACUUUAUUGAAAAGUGGCAAAGGAGAAAGGAAUGUUGUUUACUUGACCGAGUUAGGCCAACGUGUUAACUUGAAUAAAGAUAUCGUUUAUGUGUCGACAUCGUUAGGCAGAAAUUGGGUUCCACUUCAUCGUUUUAUACAAAGUGAACGCGAUCCAGAAUUCCUAUUCCUUGAUCAUCAACUUGAUUUAUUUAAUAAGCUCUGUUGGGGUCGCAAUGAGUUUGCUAUUAAAACCAUCACUCAGGAUCUCGAAUAUUUAACAUGGCAGGAAGCAUUUAUAUGUCUUAGAAAUGAAGAUCUGCCAGAUCGAUUACGUGCUCGAUAUUGCGAUCUGAUAACAGGAAUGUUUAUCAAUAUACCUGGCAAUCAUUCAGUUCUUGAUGAGCUACAGUUAUCAUUUAUUUAUAGUGACUUGGUCAAGGAUCGGAAUGGAAAGAAAAAGAUUCAAAAUGUUCCAUUAUCCUUCAUGUCUGAGCUAAAGCAAUGGAUUGCUUCAUUCUUAGAUGCUAAUAAGGAUAUGACUGCUUCGUUAAUUGGACAUAAUAUGCUGAUCGAGCAAGUUUUAAGAUUAGUCCAAAAUCUAGUGAGAUUUGGAUAUUAUGAAGAUCUAACAGAUAUGGAAAAGCUAAUACCGCCAUUGUUAUCCUUGCUGGAUGGUCGCAAUGAUAAGCCUGUUCCGUUUUAUACCUCAUUAAAUUCUGACGAGACUGAGCAAUUAUUACGCCAAUAUCGUGAAGUCGAUCGAUUUAAAGAAAGUGCUGAGACGAAAGCUGUGGUAGACGCUAAAUACCAGGCUAUGGAAGCUGUAGAUUUGCUGUUUAAUUUUCGGUUUAAUAAACGUUUAGAGCUCUUUAUAAAUGAAUUCAAGCACAUUUAUGAAACUAGCGAUGAUCUCUAUUUUAUUACAAAUGAGAACUUUAGUUUAGAGGGCAACAGAAGCCUUUGUAAGAAAGCUCGAGAAAGGCUUAAUGAAAUAUUUGAAGCAGCCCAAUAUUUCGAUACAGAAAGUCUACGCGAUAUAUUUUUGGAUCUAUCCAAAUAUGAAUAUAAUCAAAUGGUGGUAAAAUCCAUGCACUUAUUACAUCGUCUAUAUUCUACAAACUAUACACUAUUCGAUCGUGCUGUUCAAGCCCAGGUUUUAAUCAAAGAUUCAUCAUGUGAAGUUUUUCGCCAUGCUCAGAAAGCGGUGCCAGUUAUCCGUCGAAUUCUUGCAACCAAUAUGAAUAACGAUCAAGCAACAACAUUGGGUGAAAUACUCGACACUUUUACAGGCUUUUGCUCACUGGAAAACGAUCCUACCGAAAGGCAUUCGAUGAAUCAAACUAUUCUGUACAAUUUUGGUAUUCUAUCAGACAUUUUCGAUAUUUUGGGGCAAGAAUUUGAUGCAAAGUUGGCGGAUCAAUAUAAGGGAGUUCAGAUGAUAUUUCAAAAAAGUUUCAGUCUAUUACAAGCUUUGUCUAGGGGCAAUAAAACGAUCCAAGAUCGCGUCUAUAAGCGAUUAAAUUCGCUGCUGAGAGUAAAAGGAGCUGUAUCUAGCAUGGCAUUAGCUCUAACUGAGAUUUUUACUGGUAAUAAAGAUACUUGCUUGAAAAUUCGAGCUUCAGAAGUGUAUGCAAUCAUGAAAUUAGUUGCCGAAUAUAAGGAAGAAGCGCCGGAAUUGAUCGACUUAUUAAAUGCUAUCGUUAAGGUCGAAGAAUUAGAUUUGCCUAUUAAGCGCAACCAAGGUUUAGUUAUGAAAUAUUUUAUGGAAUAUCGAGAUCGAAUUGCGGAAAUUAUCGAUAAUGUCGAUAAAAGGAAAGCGUUAUGCAAUGAUCAGGACAAGUCCAGUAAACUGCAUCAAUAUUGCUACAGUCUGAUUAAUUUAUUAGCCACAUGUGCAGAGGGAGAAAACAGAUUUAUUGAAUCGAUUUGCCAAACUAUUUUGCCCAUUGAAGACAUCGUAGAGGUUUUAAAUCAUCCAGGAGUUGAUGAUGAUAUGAAAAAUGCCUACUGUCGCUUUUUCCUUUGGGUCUACUUAAAUACAGCUGGAGGAAUGUAUGAAUCUGGUGCAGCUGAUCUAAACCAUGAUGAUAAAAUGUGGAUAUUUAUCUCGAACAUUUGCUCAUCUAUUGGCGCUUUUAAUGACUUUGCAAAACUUAACCCUAAUAAACUCAAGGAUAUCUUUAAGAAAAAUAUCGGCAGUAUGGGGUACGAAAUGGGGAAAUAUCGUAGUAUGAAGAAUUAUCUAUUAGAGGGUGUUAUACCGCUAUUACAGGCAUUCUUCAAGCGUGUCUAUAUCGUAGAAUCGGAAAGAGUUGAUAUGGAACAGAAACAUAUUGAUGCUCUUGGCCAAAAUUUAGUGACCUUUUGUGGGCUAGUAGCUGAACAUUUAACCAGCUCUUCCAAUUUAAAUGCCAUGAUCAACUGUACGACGACAGUUCUACCAUUAACAACUUUACCUAUAACCAUUUUGAGUGAUUUUCAAGAUCGUUUUUCCAACCAAAAGUCAGUGAUGAUUGAAAAUCCAGCUGUUAAAGCGUAUAACGAGUAUUAUAAAGAAGAAUCCCAUUUAAAUGUCAUCUUGAAUAUCUUUGCCGUGAAUUUUAAGCGAAUUUACCAAGGCGAAAAUACCGUCGAAGCGCAAACUGGAUUUAAUAGUUCCGAACAAUACGUUGAAGAAGGUAGCGAUAACGAGUUGCCUUUAGGGGAAGAAUUUCAGCUAUUUACCCGAUGUUUUGCUAGAGAGUCUCCGACGGGAGUAAUUUUCACUAAUGCUGAAAAAUUAGUCAAGCUUUUAGAAAUUUCAUCAUCAAUGACUCGUUUAAGUGAAAAAGAACGAAUACGACAGGAAUCAUUAGAUGUUAAAUGUUUAAUGACUUUACGUGCUAUUAUAUAUAAUCAAGUUAUUAAAUUACCGCCUGAUUGGGAAGAAAAACCAAAUGAAUGGGAAAGUUACGGAACGAUGAUUAAGGUCUUACCUUUACUCUCCCGACGAAGUGAUGACAUCAUUCGAGAAUUACUAUCUUUUUUAGCUGCUAUGCUCCUUGAGGGUAAUAGUAUGGCUCAAGCAAGUCUAGCGCAGUAUUUUCUUGGCACUAGAGAAGAAAGUUUCUUUUUCGCUAUUAAAGGACGUAUGAAUAUGUCGAUGGUUGCUACUAAAGAAAAGCGAGUUUUAUUAGCUCAGCAUAAAGCAAAAAUGGACGAAAAAAUUCAGCAAGCUAAAAGCUUAUCGAAAGCUGUCACAGCUGGUAAAUCUGGAGGCAAGAAAUUGGUGGAAGGAAUGACGCAUGGUAAGCGUAAAUCCAACGCCGUUGCUCCUUUGGCAAGAGUUAUGAAAUCAAGAAGCGAGAGUGAAUCGCCAUUGGAUCAAGACGAUAAUGAUGAAAUCCCACACGUUAAGAUCAUGAAAAAUGGAGAAAAACAAAAAUUAAUAUCUCAAAAUUCGAUAUCACGAUUCAGCCUGCCAAUGGAGUCUGAAAUCGAGAUGAAGAGCGUUGCUCAAGAAUCUAUCGAAGAGCAAUCAGAAAAUGCCAUACUCAAUCUUUAUAAGGAUGAUGGCUAUAUAGAAUUAGUUUUACGAGUAUUAGCAUCGAUGUGUGACGGGCAAAAUACUACAUUACAGAAUUAUCUUCGAGAGCAGCUGGACAACAUUAAAUCCGUCAAUUUAGUUGCUGAAACAGCGAAAUACUUACAUAUGCUCUACGAUAACAUCAACUCUAACAAUAUAUCACUGACAACGCAAAUCUUUGUUACAUUAAUAGAAUAUUCAGCGGGCUGCUUUGAAAAUCAUCCGGUUAUUUAUGAUAGCAAAAUAAUUGAUUGUAUCAAUUUCAUUUUACGCGAAUCAUCAUUUCAUGGCUGCUCUGAAGAAGAAAUUUAUACUCUGAAGCAAGCUAUUGUAAAGCUAGUAGCUUGCCUGAUUGAAGAUAACUGUAAGCAGUCCUUAAUGAUUGCAAGAGAAAUUAAAGAGACGAUUGAUGUAAAUGCUGUUCUCGAUGUAGCUACAGAUUGCUAUAGAAGACAGCAAAUGGCACAAGGGAAAUUUAAAGAUCUAGUCGUUGAUGUUGGCUUUGGUUAUUUUCACAUCCUUAUGCGUUUACGUGAUUUGGAUGAAAAUAAAGUAAACUUAGAAACUAUUAUUGGUUGUGAUUCAUCUGUGCUACUCGACAAGACCAAAGAAAGAGAAAAAGAUGAGAAAUUUAUUCGAUGGAAAGCCAUGGAAUAUUAUCAAUACAAUUCAUUAUCCAUUGAAAUUUUACGUGAAGGAAUCUUACAGAAAGUUCAUUUUCGAGUACUGGAUAAGGGAAAGUUAAGAGAAGGAGUCAAAGAAAAAGUAAAAUGGAACGUUAAUAGAACAUCACCGAGCAAUAAACUUCGAGAUUUUGUCGAUUGGUCGAAAGAUAUUCGAGAAAACAUUCGAUAUCAAUCAAAAAUUUUAAGUAACAAGAUUGCAGCCUUUUUUGUUAAGAGAGCAGAUAUUUUUACACUGGUUUUAAAUAUAUUAACGCUAGCUAUUAAUAUUCUAAUGAUUGUGGAUUGGAGAGCAGCUGAAUUUGGCGUUGCUAAUCCGAAAAGAGAACAAGUUAAUAUUUUUGCCCCAGCCAAGCGGCAACGAACAUCCUAUUUAGAGCAUAAAUUUCUGAGCUUUAAAACCUUUUAUUUAUUGAUAUUGCUAGUCUUUUCUAUCUUGGGCACUUGUUAUCGUGGCUACUUUUUUGCCUUGCAUCUCUUACACACGGUGGCCAACAAUAAUCUCUUUAGUCGAAUUAUUAAAUCUGUGACAUUAAAUGGGAGAUCACUGAUCGUUGUCGGCAUUUUGGGAGUGAUUAUGAUUUAUAUCUAUUCAGUAAUUGCUUUCGCUAGCUUUAGAGAAUGGUUUGAUAGCCAAGGUGGUCUAUUUUGUGGAACCCUUGGACAAUGUUUUGUAACUGGUAUAAGAGUUGGAUUUCUUAGUGGUUUCCAUGAGGCGCUUGGUCCGACGAAUCAAAAAUUUGAAUUCUAUGCCUGGAAAUUAGUAUUUGAUUUAUCGUUUUACAUCUUAGUCACGACUAUUGGUUUAAACAUCAUCUUUGGUAUCAUCGUUGACACAUUCUCAGAAUUGCGGCAAGAAAAGUAUCAAACAGAACAUGAUAUGGAGACCUACUGUUUUAUUUGUAGCAAGACAAACUACGAAUUUGAACAUUAUGGAAAGGGAUUUUAUCAUCAUGUUAAACAUGAGCAUAAUAUGUGGGAUUACCUCUACUUUUUCAUCCAUUUGGAUGAUGUUCGAAAGAAUGACUAUACCUAUAUUGAAUUAUAUGUUCAUGAAUUGAUGGAGAAAGAUCAAUUAGAAUUCUUUCCCUUGAAUCAAGCCUUGACGCUACAAGAUUUUAAUACAUCUCAAGAGCAGAAAUUAGAAGAUUUAGCUCUUAAAGUAGAAACUUUAAUUAAGCGACAAGAAGAAAAUGACUUGGUUAAGAAAAUGGAGAACAAGCGGCGGAAAGAACAAGAUUGGGAGCAGAUGCAUCGAGAUAUUGCUAUUAAUAACGGACGUCAACGAUCCAAUACAGUUACCGGAUUUAACGAAUAUGCUGCUGACGCUGAGGUUUAA